AUGUCAGGAGCCCAAUCCAGAUUAACACAACUAUCCAAUAUUCUCACACCAACCAAAUCUCCAAACCCAAAGAAUUCACUCUCGCCAGACCAUCCAUUUAGGAUCUGUGUCAUUGGCUCGGGUAACUGGGGUACCACAAUUGCCAAGGUUGUUGCCGAGAAUGCCCUUGCAAGACCACACUUGUUUGCCCACCACGUUAGAAUGUGGGUCUUUGAAGAAAAAAUUGACGGAAAACCAUUAACCGAAAUUAUUAACCAACAGCACGUGAACAUCAAAUACUUACCAGGUGUGAAAUUACCAACAAACUUGGUUGCUGAACCAAGUUUGCUCAAAACCGUUGAGGGUGCCGAUUUGAUCGUGUUCAACAUGCCUCACCAGUUCUUACCCAAGAUCCUUAAGCAAUUGAAAGGCCAUGUACCACCAACUGCUCGUGCCAUUUCAUGCUUAAAAGGUCUUGAAGUCAGCAAAGAAGGCUGUAAAUUGUUGUCCACUUAUAUCACCGAGGAAUUGGGAAUCACAUGUGGUGCAUUAUCAGGUGCCAACUUGGCACCCGAAGUGGCACGUUGUAAAUGGUCAGAAACAACAGUUGCCUACAAAUUACCAUCAGAUUACCGUGGCGCAGGCAAAGAUAUCGACCAAUACAUUUUGAAAGCCGCAUUCCAUCGUCCAUAUUUCCAUGUCAAUGUCAUUGAAGACGUUGCUGGUGUAUGUAUUGGAGGUGCCUUGAAAAACAUUGUUGCUCUCGCUGUAGGGUUUGUCGAAGGAUUGGGAUGGGGUGACAACGCCAAGGCAGCUAUCAUGCGUGUUGGUUUACUCGAGACAAUCAAAUUCUCAGAAAUGUUCUUCCCAGAAAGUUUAGCAUCAACAUUUACCGCAGAAUCCGCCGGUGUUGCUGACUUGAUCACCACCUGUUCCGGAGGAAGAAACGUUCGUGUUGGUAGAUACAUGGCUGAGACUGGAGCAAGUGCAGAACAAGCCGAAAAGAAAUUGCUCAAUGGCCAAAGCUCUCAGGGUAUUGUUACAGCAAAAGAAGUGCAUGAAUUAUUGACAAAUGUAGAGAAAUUAGACGAAUUUCCAUUGUUUGAAGCUACAUACCAGAUAAUCUAUGGAAGUGAAUCCAUUGAAAACUUGCCAAACUUGUUGAAUAGAGAUGCUCACUUUUCAUGA